AUGGAGAGUGAAAACCAAACUGGAAUCAUACAGUUCCACUUCCAUGCAUUCACAACCCUCCCAGAGAUGCGACUGCUGAUUUUCUGGGCUUUUCUGAUUCUGUACUUACUCAGCCUACUUGGAAAUGCUGCUGUUGCUUUCAUCAUAUACUCAACACAUUCUCUCCACACACCCAUGUAUUUUUUCUUGGCUAACCUGGCAGUUUUAGAGAUUGCCUAUUCUUGUACUAUUGCUCCACCAACUCUGGCCAACCUUGCAUCUGCAAGACAGGUCUCCAUCUCUUUGGCUGGAUGUGGUACCCAGAUGUUCUUCUUUACCUUCUUCGGAGGAUCUGACUGUGUCCUGCUGGCCAUCAUGGCCUAUGACCGAUAUAUGGCAAUCUGUCACCCACUAAACUAUGCUAUUGUUAUGAGCUGGAAAGUGUGUGUGAGUCUUGUAGCUGCAGCAUUGACCAUGAGCUGCUUGUUUGGUUUUCAGUUGUCUGUUCUGAUAUUGACUCUGCCCUUCUGUGUCAGCAACAGCAAUAAUGAAAUUAACAAAUUUUUUUGUGAUUUUUCUGCUGUCAUGAAGCUAGCCUGUGGUGACACAUAUGCACACCAAAUUGCCCUUUUUAUUAUUAGUGUCAUUGUCCUGACUGUCCCUUUCCUCCUAAUAUGCAUCUCCUAUGGCUUCAUUGUGAUGGCCAUCUUGCGCAUUCACUCUGCAGAGGGUCGACAGCGGGCUUUCUCCACAUGCUCCUCCCACUUAAUGGUUGUCCUUUUACAAUAUGGCUGUGGCAGUUUAAUCUACCUCCGCCCCAGUUCCAGCUACUCACCGGAGGAAGGUCAGGUAGUGUCUGUGGUUUACACCUUUAUCACUCCUGUACUGAACCCCUUGAUCUACAGCAUGAGAAACAAAGAGUUAAAAGAUGCACUGGGCAGGACUUUGAAAAGGAAAGUGAUGUCCCAGAAAAAAUGACAGCAUUAGGUCAAUGACCAGGAAAUGACACAGUGGCUGUGGUAUCAAGUGGGACUGAACAUGCAGGUUAUUGAUGGUAGCAUAGAUUAGCUGUCU